AUGAAAGGCCACUGUCUCAUCAACGGCACGGCCUCUGCCGACCUGCUCUACUCGUCCCUCCCGCUGAGCUUCUGGGGCGGCGUCGAUCCCACAACAGGCCGCAUCGUCGACCACCACCAUCCGCUCAACGGCCAGUCCAUGGCCAACCGCAUCCUAGCCAUUCCAUGCGGUCGAGGCUCCUGCUCCGGAAGCACCGUGAUGCUCGAGCUGCUGUUGAACGGCUGCGCCCCGGCGGCCUUGAUCUUCGAGCAGCGCGAGCAGAUCUUGACCCUGGGCGUCCUCGUCGGACAAGCCCUCUUCGACUGCUCCAUCCCAGUCCUCGUCCUCUCUCCUUCAGACUUCCUCCAUCUACGCAGCGCCCCCUACGCCGCUAUCCACGGCGACACCCUCUCGCCGAGCAGCACCCCCCUCCCCCAGCCCCCUCUUCCCCCAGCACCCCCCAUCCCCUUCCCACCCAUUCCCCUCUCCCCAUCCGACAAAGCCACCCUCUCCGGUGAACACGGCGCAGCAGCCCAAAUAGCCCUGGAUAUCCUCCUCCGCUUCGCCGCCCUCCAAGGCGCCCCGGGCCUGCUGCCCGUCUCGCGCGCCCACAUCGACGCCUGCAUCUACACCGGCCCAGCCAGCCUGGCAUUUGCGCAGAAACUCCGCGCCCUCGACGCCCGCGUCGUCGUCCCCACCACCCUGAAUGCCAUCUCCAUCGACCAACGCCGCUGGCGCGACCUCGGCGUCGACCCAGCCCUCGCCGCAAACGCCGACGCCCUGGCCGCCGCGUACCAGGCCAUGGGCGCCCAGCCGAGCUUCACCUGUGCGCCGUAUACGCUCGACGAUGCGCCGCUACCAGACGAGGAUAUCGGCUGGUCCGAGUCCAAUGCCGUCGUCUUUGCAAAUAGCGUGCUCGGCGCGCGCACCCAGAAGUACCCGGAUUUUGUGGAUGUGUGCAUUGCGCUGACGGGGCGCGCGCCCCGCGCUGGGUGUCAUGUGCCUGAGGGUCGGAGGCCGGUGCUGCGGGUUGAGGUGGGUGCUGCUGCUGCUGCUGCGGUUGGCGGGCUGGGCGGUGGGGAUGGGGAUGCGGUGUUCCCGCUGCUGGGGUAUGUGGUGGGUAAGGCUGCGCAGCAUCGCAUCCCGCUGUGCUGCGUUUGGGACGACGGCGUCGGCGGCUAUGUUCCAUGUCCGCGGGGUGACGCCGGAGGCGGCGCAGUUUGCUGA